UAUGCCGGAGCCAAGUUGUGACAGCUGAUUCCCCACCCGUUUUUUUACCCCCUUUUACGAGAUCAUUUCCCCUAUUUAACGCGUUGAAACUAUAAACAAGAUUAGGAGGGUCUAUUUAUUGCCAACUGGAGAUUCACGGCUGGAGUUUGAAGGAGGAGAGCGACUGAUGAUGGUGUAGCACGGAGCGUUAGCUCUGAGAUAGCAGCGUUCCAGUUGCAGUAAAGUCUAGAGUGCGGCGACUUAAGAGGACACAGCAGGAGAGCCAUGCUGACUUUAGCCAGGAAAAUGAAGAGGAAUGAUGGUGGAUUGACAGGCAGCGCCUCCGGAGCCUCUGAUACCACUCAUAGGGUCUCAGUAAGGGACCGUCUCCUUACCAAAGAAGUUGCAGAACUUGAAGCCAAUCUACCUAAUACAUGCAAAGCCAGUUUUCCAGAUGAAGACAAGUUGCAUCAUUUUCAACUUGCUGUGUCUCCUGAUGAAGGUUACUACCAAAGUGGGAGGUUUCAUUUUGAAAUAGACGUCCCAGAAGCCUAUAACAUGGUGCCUCCUAAAGUGAGAUGUCUAACCAGAAUAUGGCAUCCCAAUAUCACAGAGAAUGGCGAGAUAUGCCUGAGCUUAUUGAGAGAACAUUCUAUUGACGGCACAGGCUGGGCCCCCACGAGAACGUUAAAGGAUGUGGUCUGGGGGCUGAAUUCAUUGUUUACUGAUUUGUUGAACUUUGAUGACCCUCUGAACAUUGAUGCGGCUGAACAUCAUCUGAGGGACAAGGAGGAUUUCCGUAAUAAAGUUCAAGAUUACAUCAAGCACUAUGCCAGAUGAUAGAAGCAGCCACUGCCGCCACCGACCAAACCGCUGCUCGUCGCCUCUGAAUCCACAGAUGACUUGCGGCUUCUCCCCUCUCGCUCACACGAUUGCAAUAAACUCCACAAGGCAGGAACAGGAUUCUUUUUUUUUAAACAGGAAGGACUUCAGAUUCUUUGAAUCUUGAGUGUGUGGCCACAGUGUGCUUGUGUGAAGAGGUGCCGACGUGCCCACGAGCCAGCCAGAAUCAAGCCAUGGCAACAGGUGCCAGGUAGGGGGCGACACUUUUAGACAAAGACGCAAAAUCAUGGGUUCACAGUGCCUGCCAUGACAGUGAGAUCACACACACACACUUUUGUUUUAGACUUGAGCUGCAGUUUUACACCCCACUAAGACAGCAUGUGAAUGAACGGCACCAUAUCGUCUCAUCUUGUCCCUUUGCAUGUCAACACACACACACACUCAGAGGUGAAGGUGGUUUUAACUCCAUGUGGGCUUCAAGACUUCGUCGUGUGUCCGCGUUUGUUAUUUAUUUCUCACACGGCUUCAUACACUUGGAGGUGACUGUUAAAGUGUGCGGCCCAGCAGAUGCCCAUCUUGAAACCUUCUCCAGCACUGUAUAUGAACUCAACCUUGCUUGUGUGUGGGCCAGGUCUGGGGCUGACUUUUCGUCUCACACCUUCAUUGAGACAGCGACAUACUUCUGAUCGCAGGGCACAUGAUGUGUACACUGAAGCAGGUGUUGGUGCGUGUGUUCUUUUUUUUUUUUUUCAUUUCAAGCCAUUGCUUAGUUAUUUUGUGUUUGCUUGUGUCUGGGAGAGGAUGCGUGAGCACUUGGUUCUUCCACUGUUGUGUGAUUCCAUUUGUCAUUUGAUAAAACAACUCCUCCCCAAAUCCUGUUGCUCUGUCAAGUGUACGAGCGUUCAGCUACUGGCUCUGCUGUGUCACACGACGCUCAGCUGUUCCUAUUGGAGGCGCUCUCGCUGAUGGCACCUCCUCAGACUGUUAAUGAAUUUUCAAAAAGUCUCUGGUGGAACAUCUAAAACGCUCUUGAGGAGUUCAAAUGAAAUGUCUUUCUGCCAUCAUUCAUUGUGUUUGUCCCCCCCCCAGAGUCCAAGAAUGUUCCUGGUCCACAGUGCUAGGUGUUCACAUGUCUGCAUGAGUCCAUCCGCCAGCAGUGCAUUUUACUGAGGAUGUCAAAACUGUUUGAGAUUUAUUUCAGUGUGUGAGUCCGAAGAGUGUGAGGAGGAACUGAUGUGACUUGUUAGCAUGCUAUGGUCUUUUCUUUUGGGGGGUUAUGUAUUCAGGACUGGGGUCUUUAUGAUUUUAACCGUGAACAGAGAAACAAAAGACGGAGGUGCGUCUGCCAAAAUAAAGGACAGAGGAUUGCACCUCAGUGGUUCUGAAGGAGUCCUCUCAUCUAUUAAAGCCAAUCUACCGAGCAGCCGAUGUGACAGCAGCCUUAGCAGUGAUCAUGUGACAUGCAUGCAUGUCCUUUAUACUGGCAGCCGUUCGCUUUCCACAAACUCUGCAACUUUUCUUUCUCAGAUUGUAUAUCAGUGUUUUUUAAGAUGUA